AUGGGGUCUGAGCCAGAAAGAAGGGACAUGGCAGCUGGUGGAGGUGGCUCGUCGGGACAAGCAGGAGAGGACCAAGAUGCGCCUCCAACACAACAGUCGCGGGGAGGCUUUCGUACAAACCGCCCACAGCUCCCGGCGGACGAGCAGUACCACGUCAACUUUACCGAGCAGCCACGGUCGCCCACGGCAUUUGAUGGCCAGUUGAGCCCGGCAGCCGCAGACCGAGUCUAUCCCAUCCGAAGCGUGGUUUCGGUAGACCCAACCCCGACGCCGUCUGCGCGGACCGAUCGAUCUGACGGCGGCUACUUUGGCUCUGCGCGUGCGCGACGGCAGUCAGUGACAGCGACUGAUCCUUCCUCACAACGUGCCCCUCCUAGGCGGCGUGCCAGUCAAGAGAAGACGCCACAUGAGCUUGAAAGCAAUCGGCGGGUAUCUGAAGCGUCGACUGGCAUAUCUAGUGCAGACUCGGACGCCGCGAAGCAAACGGCCUACAUCAAUGACGUGAUUGGCGACUCUGGGAGCGUGGCUAGCGAGCGCGGGAACAAAUCUGGGCCACCUAGUGAUAUGCCACCUUCUUCUCGUGCGCCCUCGACCAUGAGUACGAAGAGCGAGGACUUUGGCGGUCUGCUCACCGCGCGAUUCAAACACGUGGUCACAGAAGGUGGACAUGCUGUCAUCACCGGGCGAGAUGGCGAGACGCUGCAACGAUGUGAGGACGAACCGAUCCACAUACCUGGCGCCAUACAAGGCUUUGGUCUACUUCUUGCUCUAGAAGAGCAGUCUGAUAACAAGUUCGUGGUCCGUGUCGUGAGUGAGAACUCAAAGCGAAUGAUCGGCUAUACCCCGAAGCAGCUGUUUGCACUCGACAGCUUCACGGACAUCCUUUCAGAAGAACAGACGGACAACUUACUCGACCAUGUGGACUUCAUUCGAGAUGAAGAUGCCGACGUUGUCACCAAUGGUCCGGAAGUCUUCACCAUGGCUAUCCGAACUCCACAGCGCAAGAACCAAAAAUUAUGGUGUGCAAUGCAUAUCAAUGACAGCCACCCCAACUUGAUCAUCUGCGAAUUUGAGCUUGAAGAUGAUCCUGUCAAUCCUCUGGUGCCACAAGAGGAGAGCAGAACCCCUGAACUACCUGAAGACACCCUCGGUAGUAAUCCGACGGACGAAGAAUAUCAAGACAGUACUCAGAACAACAGCAAACCCCUACGCGUCCUUCGCAGCGCGCGAAAACGUAAAGGUGAAGCUGCCGCAAUGGAGGUCUUCAACAUCAUGUCACAAGUACAAGAGCAGCUCGCCGCCGCACCAAAUCUGGAGAAGUUUUUGAAAGUGUUGGUCGGCGUAGUCAAGGAACUGACCGGGUUCCAUCGAGUGAUGGUGUAUCAAUUCGACCAUGCCUGGAAUGGCCGUGUCGUUACGGAGUUGGUCGAUCCAAGGGCGACAAAGGACUUGUACAAGGGCCUCAACUUUCCUGCCAGCGACAUUCCAAAGCAAGCACGAGACCUGUACAAGCUCAACAAAGUCCGAAUGUUGUACGACCGAGACCUCGACACGGCACGGCUGGUCUGUAGAACGGUGGAAGAUCUCGAGACGCCACUGGACCUGUCGCAUUCGUACCUUCGUGCUAUGUCGCCCAUCCACCUGAAAUACCUCGCGAAUAUGGCCGUUCGAUCGUCGAUGUCGAUCAGCAUCAAUGCCUUUGACGAGCUCUGGGGCCUUAUAGCAUGUCACUCAUACGGCUCAAAGGGCAUGCGAGUGUCCUUUCCCAUACGCAAGAUGUGUCGACUGGUGGGCGACUCAGCUUCUAGAAACAUCGAGCGUCUCUCAUACGCCAGCCGGCUGCAAGCGAGGAAGCUCAUCAAUACUGUCCCGUCCGAAAGCAAUCCAUCAGGCUACAUCAUUGCAUCGUCCGAAGAUCUACUCAAGCUUUUCAAUGCAGACUUUGGUCUACUGUGCAUUCGUGACGAGACCAAGAUGCUUGGGCACAUCGAGCAGAGUCAGGAGGCACUUGCAAUGCUGGAGUACCUGCGAAUGCGAAGCAUCACGAGCGUUAUGACUUCGCAGGACAUCAAGGGAGACUUUCCCGACCUACGGUAUCAGCCUGGCUUCAAGGUCAUCGCUGGACUAUUGCUUGUGCCGCUCUCUGCUCGUGGUCAGGACUUCAUUGUGUUCUUCCGAAAAGGCCAGAUGAAGGAGGUCAAAUGGGCUGGCAAUCCCUAUGAGAAGUUCAUCAAAGAAGGCACGGAAGGCUAUUUGGAACCGCGAAAAAGUUUUCGGACAUGGAGUGAGACUGUCGUCGGCAAGUGUCGUGAGUGGACCGAGGAGGAGAUCGAAACGGCAGCUGUGCUAUGUCUGGUUUACGGCAAGUUCAUCGAAGUCUGGCGGCAGAAAGAGGCUGCGCUACAAAACAGCCAACUAACUCGCUUGCUGCUUGCCAACUCUGCGCAUGAAGUGCGAACGCCACUCAAUGCAAUCAUCAAUUACCUCGAAAUUGCGCUUGAGGGUGCGCUCGACCAGGAGACGAGGGACAAUCUUUCCAAGUCACACUCGGCCUCCAAGUCGCUGAUAUACGUGAUCAACGACCUUCUCGACCUGACAAAGACGGAGGAAGGUGGCGAGCUGGUGAAGGACGAGGUGUUCGACCUCAUGGCCACGCUGGCCGAGGCCACUGAUCCGUACAAGGGCGAUGCAAAACGGAAGAACAUUGAAUACGAGGUCAUUGGCAGACCAGGACUUCCGACUUCGGUCAUCGGAGAUCAGCGACGAGUGAGGCAGGCCAUCUCCAACGUCACAGCAAACGCCAUCCAGAACACCUCGCAAGGAGGCGUCACCGUGGAGAUGUGUCUCACUUCUCGCGAGGAGACCAAAUGCGAACUCGAAGUCAGCGUCUCUGACACUGGGGUCGGCAUGAGCUCCCAGAAGCUGGAUCAGCUUUUCCGGGAGCUGGAGCAGGUCGAGAGCGAAGGUGAAUCUUACAUUGGAGACGCGAUUGCUCCGACGCAGCAGAAGGAGCUACCAGAACCCCAGAAGAAGGGUGAAGAACGCACACUUGGGCUUGGCCUCGCGCUCGUUGCUCGCAUCGUACGGAACAUGAAUGGCCAGCUGCGAUUGAAGUCCGAGGAGGGCAAGGGUUCAAGAUUCGUGAUCCAGUUUCCAUUCGACCUGCCGGACACGGAGCCCAAGCAGAUGGCAAUUGAGGCUGGCUCUUCACAAGGCUCGGUCACUCCGCUCGCAGACGACGGCCUGAGCGCAGUGCAGAGUGCUGGGCCUACCACGCCAGGCUCACAAAUUCAGGAAGGUGAAGUCACACUGAUCGAGCGUGGAAGCGCACAAAAACGAGCGUCGCAGAGUCGGCAGCAGUCGCCCCAGAUGUCCCGAAAGAACAGCGGCGGGAGCAUGAACAGUCUCAAGAGCAUCGGGAGCAUGAAGUCUGAACACAGCAAGAACAGCGUCUCUUCUGUUCACAGCGGUAGAAGCGAGGCCGAACGGCUGAUCGAUGCGAUUCAGGAGCCGCACAUGGUAGAAGGUAGGCAGGACAGCUCCGUCGCACGUGCGGGUAGUCUCAAAUCAUCGCACCCUCGCGGAUCUCCUGGCGAAGCGCCCACCCGGCCGAAACUGGACAAGAGGCAUACAUUCGCUUCAACAAUGAUGACAGGCAGCCCAGUGAAGAGCAGACCUCAGAGUGCCGAGUUGUCGCGCAGCGAGACUCUGAAGCCUCUCCCAAAGUCUGGAGAAUCAGCGGUCACUGACCAACGGACGCCAAUAAAACCGAUCAGGAUGCACGACGAUCAGACUCUAUCACCUGGCGCAGAGAUGUCGGAGCACUCUGCCAUGGGUGCUGCAUCAGCUGCUGCAUCAGACACCGGUGGUCCUUCUCUGCAAGAGGUCCCUAACACCCCAACCUCCACCUCUGUCACUGAAGAGAUGUCGACGGAAUGCAUGCGUGCCCUUGUCGCCGAAGACGAUCCGGUGAACAGUAGGAUCAUUCAGAAGCGGCUGGAGAAGCUCAGCCAUGAGGUGGUGUUGACGGUCAAUGGAGAGGACUGCGCGAGUGUCUAUGGUGAAAGGAGCGGGUUCUUCGAUAUCAUCCUUAUGGACAUGCAGAUGCCCAUUGUGGAUGGCCUGACUUCAGCCAAGAUGAUCCGUUCCUUCGAAAAGUCACAUCCUACUCACCUCCUCUCCACGCGAGCUUCGCUCAACGGCCGUGUACCCAUUAUUGCAGUCUCUGCUUCUCUGAUCGAGAAGGAUCGACAGAUUUACAUCGACGCAGGCUUCGACGGCUGGAUCCUGAAGCCUAUAUCUGUUACCCGUCUAGGCGAGAUCAUGAAAGGUGUCGUCGAUGAGGAAUCCCGACGAAAUAACCUCUACCAGCCCGGGCAUUGGGAAAGCGGAGGCUGGUUCGAUGAGGCGCAAAAGGAUGUCUUUGCCGCUGACACACGGCCGAGCGAGCAACCUCCUAUGGAAGCGCCUGGUGCCGAGCCCUCGAAGGAAGUCAAGGCCGCGGUCGACUCAGACGAUCCUUUUGCCAAGGAAGAAGACGAGAGCGAGCAGUCGAAGGAACAAAUACGGAUGGCGGAGCAACUGCAAUCACACAGCGAGCGGAAGGCGACGAGUAUGCCCAAUCGGACUCGGCCGUCUUUUGGUGAAGGGGACGAGGAAGAAAGUGUAACCCGAGAAGACGUCGUGACGAGUCCGCAGCCCAUGUCGCCAGAGCCUGAUGAUCGAUGA